GUUCUUCUCCACCCAAGCCACCGUCUUCCAUAUGCUACAUCACAAAUGACAAUGGGCUCAUAACUUGGUCGCAUUGCUUGUUCGCGUUAAGACAUCGACUACUACGAGUAGGCGAUGGAACCAAGGCACUCCUACAUUUUAUUUUGUCCCUAAGAGGCAGCUGGCACCAUACUGUUCAGCACUCGUCCUUGGGUGAUUGGGGGCAGAGAUAUUGGUACGGCACCCUCACAACAGAUCGAGGAAAGCGCCUUAUUCUUUGGCUCCAUAAGCGCGGGAACAGUCCCGAGUCUAUUUUAAUUUUAUCAUCACAGUGCUGGAGCAAUACCCAAUAUGAGUUCGCGGCCUCGAGCAGGCCGAGGCAUGACCGGCCGAGAUGGGAAGGAGAGCGACCUUGAAAACGAACUUCUAAGCCGGGCUGUCGAAAGUUUACGCAAAGCCCAAGGAUACAAUGACGAGUCCAAACGGAUCGGGCAGGAAAUCGUGGCGCUUGAAGAAGAGAUUAAACUAAAUGGUCAUUCUACACCUGAGAACCAUCGCCGCCUGGAUGCUCUAUAUCGAGAGAACCUGAGAUACGCGGAGAUGGAGAAGAAGGUCCAUGACGAAGAAGACAUCAUCAACAACCUGGCCAUUUUGGCGACGAUGAAGACUACCGAUGACCUUGCCCCUAGAAACGGCCAGCAAAAGUCUCGCAAACAUCAGAGGCCGCCCGUUGCCGAGCCGGACGUUACAGUGGAAUCUCCCGGUCCCAGUCCAGGAGAUGGUCGCCUCGAGAUGAUGAAACGGGUCAAGGGCACGUCGCAGCGAAGCUCUAGUACUGCUAGCCAAAGCCGUGCUGCAGCAGCCGGCGCCAAAGACGACGCGGCUGAAACGCACAAAGGCAUCCAAGCAGAGAAGGCUGGCCAACUGGUCCCUGGAACCGAAGUGUUUUACAAAUACCCCAAAGACCAAGCGGAGCAUGAGGAAGGAGUCGGGAUUCAUGGUAUCAUUAAGAAAGUGUGGCAAGAUAAGAAGCCAAUCCAAUACGACGUCCGAGACCCAGAGGACGAUGCUUCGGGGAAACAAACCGUGCGCAAGGCGACAGCUAAGGAUCUGGUGCCGAUUCCGCAGACCGCUACCAAUAUUCCUCAGUUUCCCACCGGAGCCAACGUCUACGCCAAGUAUCCUGAUACCGACACCUUCUACCGCGCCAAGGUCAAGAGCUUCCAGAAAGGCAUGUAUAGUCUGAAGUUCGACGAGGAUGAUAAGGAGAUGCUCGUCGAUGUGCGGUUCGUGUUGGACUCGAGAUUGAAAUGAGUUUUGGUCUUUUAUGAUUAUGACGACUGCAUUUUAUGGAUCCAAGAUGCACAAGCGUUGACCAAAAAGGUCACGCCUGCAUUUAUGUAUCCUUGACGCGACGCGACGAUGGUAUCAUGAUGGAUAGCUUUAGCUUUCGUUUUAUUUUAUUGUUUGAGCAGGCCUUUACUGGCCAGAUAUGCCGCACCCGAAUCCGCCCAUACCUCGUAUACCUUGACCUUUGUGUCCUCGUCAAACUCGAGAACAUAUGUAAAGACCUCGUCCC